AUGGCGAUCUCAGUCUCCUCGUUUAACCCUGAGGACAGAGGCAGUCAUGUCGGGUCCCUGUCUGUGGCCCCUGAACACUGGGUCUGCAGAGUCUCGGGGCCCGCGCUCCGGCCCCUGGGCUCCGGCCCCUGGGCUCCUGCAGCAGUUCCUUCCUCAGCCUCAAAAACAACAGAAAAACAUAAAGAGAAAACACUGCUCACUGUUCAGCUGUCAGCACCCAUCAAACUCAGCCUCACCCACUCACCCAUCAAACUCAGCCUCACCCACACUCACCCAUCAAACUCAGCCUCACCCACACUCACCCAUCAAACUCAGCCUCACCCACUCACCCAUCAAACUCAGCCUCACCCACACUCACCCAUCAAACUCAGCCUCACCCAUCAAACUCAGCCUCUCCCACACUCACCCAUCAAACUCAGCCUCACCCAUCAAACUCAGCCUCUCCCACACUCACCCAUCAAACUCAGCCUCACCCACUACCCUCACCCUCACCCAACCACCACCCUCAGCCUAACCCACUCUCAUCCACCCUCACCUGCCACCCUCAGCCUCAGCCAUCCUCACUCUCACCCACCCUCAGCCUCAGCCUCCCCCAUCUCACCCACCACCCUCAGCCUCACCCAGUCCCACACUGGAACUGUUAGAGUCAGCACAGGAUUUAAUCUGCAUCAAGACCUACAGAGCUGGGAACAGGAGGGACCAGGAGGGACCAGCCUGGGAACAGGAGGGACCUGGGAACAGGAGGGACCGGCCUGGGAACAGGAGGGACCGGCCUGGGAACAGGAGGGACCUGGGAACAGGAGGGACCGGCCUGGGAACAGGAGGGACCGGCCUGGGAACAGGAGGGACCUGGGAACAGGAGGGACCGGCCUGGGAACAGGAGGGACCGGCCUGGGAACAGGAGGGACCGGCCUGGGAACAGGAGGGACCGGCCUGGGAACAGGAGGGACCUGGGAACAGGAGGGACCUGGGAACAGGAGGGACCGGCCUGGGAACAGGAGGGACCGGCCUGGGAACAGGAGGGACCGGCCUGGGAACAGGAGGGACCUGGGAACAGGAGGGACCUGGGAACAGGAGGGACCUGGGAACAGGAGGGACCGGCCUGGGAACAGGAGGGACCGGCCUGGGAACAGGAGGGACCGGCCUGGGAACCUCCAGCAGAAGAAUCAGAAGUCUUCAUGUUGA